CCAGUGUUCGCGGAAGCUUGUGUUGAGUUUCUCACCGUCUAUCUCAUGCGGCCUCCUGUUCUAAAAUCCAGUUUACACAUGUUUAUUCUGGUCCGGGAGAGUAUAUACGAAGGCAUAUUGAGUUAAUAACGCCCAUGGACAUGGAAGCGGUGAACACCUUUAACGGGGAGAUGCUGUCCAUGAUGGACAUGACUCCCCCGAUCUCUCGAGCCAAAAUGAUGUCCGUAACCAAAGCGGGAAUCAAAGCUAUCAAGCUUUACAAGCACGUUGUUCAGAUCGUGGAGAAGUUCAUCAAAAGGUGCAAGCCAGACCUGAAGGUCGCCGGUCUCUACGUGAUCGACUCAAUUAUCCGGCAGUCGCGUCAUCAGUUCGGCACGGACAAAGAUGUGUUCGGUCCGAGGUUUUUGAAAAACUUCACUGUUACGUUUCAGAACCUUUUCCAGUGCCCAGCCGAUGAUAAGGGGAAGAUAAUGCGCGUGUUGAAUCUGUGGCAGAAGAAUGAUGUGUUCAGCAUGGACAUCAUUCAGCCGCUGUUAGACAUGGCCACGGCUCCUCUGCUGCCCGUUGUGGAGAAUGGAAUCGCGGCCGGCGUGCCUCCAGCCGUGCCAGUGGCAGUGGAAACGGCAGCGCCAGCGCUAGCACCGGCGCCAGCGGUUGAGACGGCAGCGGCCCCGUCCUCCCUUCAGAACCCAGUGGCCCUUGCUGCAGUCGCCCAGCUCCUUCAGGGCACAGGGGGCAUCGAGUUACAGCAGCUGAUCCAAACUCUCCAGCUGGCCGGAGGGGUGGGGCUUGCUCAGCCCACUGCCCCGCCCCCUGAGAAGAAACCAUCAUUAGCUAAGUCUCUGCUGGAACGAUUUGAUUAUGACGACGACCCUGAACCUGUGGAGGAAAAGACCGAACCAGCCCCUGCUGCUCCCAUUACCAUAAACCUCCCACCAGAAUUACAGCAAGCCCUACAAGCUCAUCUUCUCAGCCAAAUCGUUAACCAGACACAGAUGCAGGGUCACAUGGUGUUGCAGGGUCAAGUGCUGCCCCAGGAUCAGAUGGCACCUCAGGAGUUCCCAGCGAUGGUUCAGACCCAAAUACUUGAUAAUACUCCUCAAGUCUUUUUUGAGAGUAUCGUACAGCCCAGUACAAUGCAGCAGGCUUCAGUUGAAAGCGAGCGCUUGCUGCCUGAUGGGAGAGAGCGAAGACACGGCAGACGGUCGAGAUCAAGAUCUCCACGGAGACGAUCGUCAUCGCGUUCGCGAAGGUCGCGGUCCGGUUCGCGUUCCCGCCGAGAACGGUCGAGGUAUCACCGCACGCGUUCCCAAUCCAGAGAGCGGCGAGGCCGUUCCCCGCGGGCCCGGUCAGAGGAGAGGAGAGACAGGGAAAAAGACAGAGAGCGGCGACAGAAAGGACUUCCGCCCAUCAAGAAAGAAGCUCUCAGCGUGUGCAGUACUACAUUAUGGAUAGGACAGCUGGACAAAAAGACUCAGCAGCAGGACAUAAUGAGUCUUAUGGAGGAGUUUGGACAGAUCGAGUCCAUCAACAUGAUUCCUCCCAGAGGAUGUGCCUACAUUGUCAUGGUACACAGACAAGAUGCCUACACAGCCCUGAAUAAACUCAGCAGAGGGGUUGUCAAAGUCAACCAGAAAACCAUUAAGAUCGCGUGGGCGUUGAAUAAAGGCAUAAAGACGGACUUGAAGAAGUUUUGGGACGUGGAGCGGGGUGUCACGUAUAUCCCAUGGGAUAAAGUGAAAGCCAGUGAUAUUCGAAGUCUUCAAGAAGGAGGCUUGCUGGAUGCCGAAACACUCAAACCAGAGUGGAAAAGUGUUGUGGCCAAACCGGCUGUGCCAGUAACAGAAGGACCUGAAGGAAAACAGGAAGAGGGAGCUGCACUACCAGCGGUAUCACAGAGCCCCUUGGUUCAACCAGUUGCUGCGCUGAAUAUGGUCCCAGGACCCCUUCCUAACAUGUGUUUACCACCUCCAUCCGUGAUCACAGGAGGCUCCCCUCCAUCCUUCCCUCCUCCAGGAUUCAACUCCCCACAGAUGCCUGCAGGAUAUGCUCCUGCAAUCCCCAUGGCCUCUCUGAACCCCGCAGGUCCUCCUCUGUCCGUCACAGAAACCGCAGCCGAAGACCCUUUAGAUGAAUCCCACGAGUCUCCCGAUUCUCGCAUGGACCCGACAGGAUCUCAAGCCCUCAGCCCGCCCCCUUUCAGGAGCAUUCUGGGGCCCAGAUCGGGGCCCCUACCACCGCACCAUCCCGCGGGACUCCGCCCUCCCUUCGUGCCCCCUUACGCAAAUAACGGGCCCCAUACCAUCCUGCCCCCUCCGGUCAUGCCCUCCAGGGGCCCCAACCCCAUGUAUGGAGAACCCCCUGUGGGCCGAUUCCGGAUGCGUAUGAUGGGCCCUCCAAGACACGAUUUCCCCCCUCACAGGCUCCCUGCGGGUCCUAGAAGAGAGGAGCCGCUCUGGCGGGAUCUAGGACACGAAAGGGCCCCCGACAGGUUCGCAAACGAGUCUCCUUUUCACCGGGGAGGCUGGGGAAGGGGCGGCCCUCGCGGACGGAGUCGCUUUGGGAACUGAGUCGCGUGGAGUUUUUUUUAAGCACUGCCGGCUUCAGCCGUGACUGGACUGUGUAAAACUGAACUCUGCGUCCUUGUGAAACGGGAAUACGGAGAAUACAUUCUACGUAUUAUAUACGGAGUCCAUAUGAAAUGAAUAGACGCCGUUUCUAAAAGUCCACGCAUGAGCGAUGGAGUCGUGACACAACCAGGGAUCAUAUAUUAUGAAAUUCCCGUCUCGCUCCAUGCGAAGUCUUCGAGGUCCGGCGGUUUUUUUGGACAUUACGCUCACUAAUGUUAGACUAAUGUUAGAGGUGUCUAGUGUAACAUGUUUAAUGUAAAUAGUCCAGGUUUGCACAAUUGUUCUACUACGAAGAAAAAAACUGUUCAGCCAAUCUUCCGUUCUGUAUAUUUUGGAGGCGGCAUUUACUUUAAAGCUUCAGCAAGGAAGAAAAGCAGAAACGAGCAUCAUCUUCGCUCGGUUUUACGAAGCUGUUUUUUUACCAGACAUUCUUGUUUUCCGUCUUAAUGGUUUAUAUUAACAUGCUAAAGCGAACACGAGUAAAUGUUGUGGCUACUUAAA